AUGGCCCCAAAAGACGACCCUGAUAAUCGAGGUUUCGACGAUCAGCGUCGACCCUCACAGAGGAGUACGGUGCUAGCGAUACCUGCACUAGCUGUGAACGAUCCAAAAGUCGAUCCGAAAAUUGCAAGUGAUUUACCCUCAAAUUAUAUAGACGAUGAUGAAGAUGGACCACAAUUAUACACUCCAUCGCUUUUCGAAAAAGUACUCAAUUAUGCUCUAUGCAGAGGAGAUAUUGCUAAUCAACAACUUGAAGCUCAACCAGUGUCCAUUCCCGGAUUGUUCCGAUAUGGUAAAAAGUUUGAUUGGUUGCUCUUGUUCAUUGGUACCAUCUGUGCAAUCAUCUCUGGAGUCUCCCAACCGAUUCUGGCUCUUGUCAGUGGUCGAGUCACCAAUGCACUCCUUGUCUAUCCACCAACCAGCAAGCAGUUCCGAAACAAAGCAAAUGAAAAUGUAUACAUUUUCCUUGGAAUUGGUAUCUUCAUCUCUAUCACCAAUUUCAUCCAAUACAUGUGCUUCCAACACUGCUGUACUAGAGUCAUGGCUCAAAUGAGACAUAGAUUCGUGUACUCCGUUCUUAGACAGAAUGCUGGAUGGUUCGAUAAGAAUCACUCAGGAACAAUUACGACCAAGCUGAACGACAGUAUGGAAAGAAUCCGUGAAGGUAUCGGAGAUAAGCUCGGAGUCCUCCUGAGAGGAUUCGCUAUGCUUAUCGCUGCUAUCGUUGUCGCUUACAUCUAUGAGUGGAGACUUGCAUCUAUGAUGUUAGGUGUUGCCCCAACUUGCUGUAUUUGUAUGUCUCUUUUAGCCAGACAAAUGACCUCCACAACAAUUAAAGAGUUGAUUGGUGUUGGAAAGGCUGGUUCCAUCGCAGAAGAAUCAUUGAUGGGUGUCAGGACUGUUCAAGCGUUCAAUGGACAAGAAGAAAUGGUCGGAAGAUACGAGGCAGAACUUGAGAAAGGAAGGAAAUUCGCAGUGUGGAAAGGAUUCUGGAGUGGAUUUUUUGGAGGCCUCUUCUUCCUGUGUCUCUUCUCUUUCUUGGGAUGUGGUAUGCUCUACGGAGCUUACCUCCUCCGAGUUGGUAUCAUCACAACACCAGGAGAUGUGUUCAUUGUUGUAAUGUCUAUGUUGCUCGGUGCCUAUUUCCUUGGUCUCAUCUCUCCACAUAUGAUGGUAUUGUUGAACGCAAGAGUGUCAGCUGCCACCAUCUAUCAAACAAUCGACCGUGUUCCGAAGAUCGAUCCAUACUCCAAGGCAGGAAAACGACUACCAAAUGUUAUUGGUAGAGUCAAGUUUGAGAACGUUCACUUCCGUUAUCCAAGUAGAAAGGAAGCCAAGAUUCUUAACGGACUCAAUUUGACUGUCGAACCAGGAACAUCUGUUGCGUUGGUUGGUCAUUCGGGAUGUGGAAAAUCGACUUCAGUUGGAUUGUUGACUAGACUGUACGAGCCAGAAGCUGGAAAUGUCACUAUCGAUGGAACUGACGUCCGGGAGCUUAACAUCGACUGGUUGAGAAAUAUUGUAGGAAUUGUGCAACAAGAACCAAUUCUCUUCAAUGACACCAUUCAUAACAACUUGUUAAUUGGAAGUCCAGGAGCUACUCGUGAGAAGAUGAUUGAAGUAUGCAAAAUGGCUAAUGCCCACGACUUUAUUGAGAAAAUGCCAAAAGGUUACGAUACACUGAUUGGAGAUGGUGGAGUUCAACUAUCCGGAGGGCAGAAACAACGUGUUGCCAUUGCCAGAACACUCAUCCGUGAUCCAAAAAUCCUUCUUCUCGACGAAGCAACUUCGGCUUUAGAUGCUCAGAGUGAAAGUGUUGUACAGUCUGCACUCAACAACGCCGCCAAGGGAAGAACUACCAUCAUGAUUGCUCACAGACUCUCGACUAUCCGUGAGGCUGACAAGAUUGUUUUCUUUGAGAAAGGAGUUAUUGUGGAAGCUGGUAACCACGAGGAACUAGUGCAUCUUGGUGGAAGAUACUUCGAUUUGGUAAAGGCUCAACAAUUCAAAGCGGAUCCAGAAGCUACUGAAGAUUUUGAGGAAGAAGAAAUUAGCUUAGAUGACACCAGUAGAAGUUCUCGACGAUCUUCCAUGACUAGUGCAAGAUCUGGUUCAGAUGCAUUCCAAAGAGGAAACUCUCUAAACGACUCGUUCUCCGGAAGCAAGCGCUCAGCUCGAGCCGACGCUGAAAACGAUGCUUUCGCCGCGCACGAAGCAGAAAUUAUGGCUCACGACGGUGAAAUCACAGCUGGCUACUUAGACAUCUUCAGAAACGCCAAAGGAAACUACUUGUACAUGUUCUUUGGUACGGUGUUUGCCCUGAUCAGAGGUCUUGAACUGCCUGCGUUGGCGUUGAUCUUUGGUUGGGUAUUUGAAGGAUUCACUUUUGUUCCUUAUGGAGGAAGAAUGAUGCACAGAAUGGCUAUGGCUGUUAUCGCCUUUGCUUCUGUUGGUGUUGGUGUCUGGAUUUCUCAAGUUAUUAGUUCUGUUCUUUUUGCUGUUGUAUCUGAAAACUUGUCAAUGAGAUUCCGUGUCCAAUCAUUCCGCAACCUCUUGUACCAAGAUGCCUCCUACUUCGAUAACCCAGCUCAUGCUCCUGGAAAACUCAUCACCCGUCUUGCAUCAGAUGCUCCAAAUAUCAAAGCAGUUGUUGAUGCUCGAAUGCUUCAAGUUAUCUACGCUCUCGCUGCCAUCAUUGGAAACAUCGUAAUCGCUUUUAUCUAUUGCUGGCAAAUUGGAAUUCUGGGAACAUCUCUCAUCAUUCUUCUUGCUUUUGUGAUGAUCGGGCUUGCUUACAAGAUUUCUCUCAUGAACAUCGAACAAAUCAAAAACGAUGAAGCAGGAAGAAUUGCUAUUGAGAUCAUUGAAAACGUGAAGACUAUCCAGCUACUUACAAGAAGUGAACUAUUCUUCGAUCAUUACCAAACGGCGUCCAAACAACAGAAAAGAUCGGAAUUGAAAAAGGGAAUGAUUGAAGCUGUCAACUACAGUCUCUCCCAAUCUUUCAUGUACUUCAUGAUGUGUUUCACUUACGCCGUCGGUAUCCGUAUCAUCUACCAAGGUGAUAAGUCGCCAGAUGACACUUUCAAGGGAAUCAUCUCAAUGAUGUUGGGAGCUGUUGCUGUGAUGAACUCUGCCCAGUACUUCCCAGAAUUUGUCAAGGCUAAGACCGCAGCUGGUAUGCUUUUCAACAUCAUCUACCGUAAACCAAGAACCGGAGACUUGAUGGAAGGAGACCGUCCAGAAAUUCGAGGCAAUAUUCUAUUUGAAAAUGUCAAGUUCUCUUAUCCACAACGACCAUUGCAACCAAUUAUGAAGGGACUUCAAUGGACUGCUCUCCGCGGACAAACCGUUGCUCUUGUGGGACCAUCUGGAUCCGGAAAGAGUACAAACAUUGGAAUGCUCGAACGAUUCUACGAUGUUACUGAUGGAGUACUCCGAAUCGAUGGACAAGAUAUUCGAAAUCUUUCGUUGUACCAUCUCAGAACCCAAAUGGCACUUGUCGGUCAAGAACCUCGUCUUUUCGCAGGAACAAUUCGAGAAAACGUGUGUCUUGGCCUGAAAGAUGUGCCACUCGAAAAAAUCAACCAGGCCUUAGAACUUGCCAAUGCUAAUAGAUUCCUUGCCAACUUGCCAGCUGGAAUUGAUACUGAUGUUGGAGAAAAAGGAGGGCAGCUAUCUGGAGGUCAAAAGCAGAGAAUUGCAAUUGCCAGAGCAUUGGUCAGAGACCCCAAGAUUCUGCUACUUGACGAAGCCACUUCUGCGUUGGAUUCUGAAUCUGAAAGAGCAGUACAAGAAGCAUUGGAUCGUGCCCGAGAAGGUCGUACCUGCAUCACAAUUGCCCAUCGCUUAUCCUCCAUCCAGAACUCUGACCUCAUCGUUUAUAUCGAUAAGGGUAAAGUGCAAGAAGCUGGUAACCACUCGCAAUUGAUGCAGAAGAAGGGCAGAUACUACAAGCUUAUCAAAAAACAAGAUCUUGCUGUCUAA